GAAUUUGAAGCAGAAAUUAUUUGAGAAGAAGAAGAAAAAAAAAAUCCAAUCUUUUAUUCUCCAAUUCUCCCCCUCUCACAUCUCACUCUUCCUUUUUUCCAAUUUCCCACAUCCAAAAAAAUCCUAUGAUUAUGAUUUCUGAUUCAUAAUGAUUUCUCAUCUUUAUUUACUCAUAAAUUUAAGAAAAUUAUAUAUUAGUAGUAUGAUUUUUAUAAUAUGAUCCCUACCCACCAGUACCAGUACCAGUACCACCUUCUAAUCCCAUCUUCUUCAUCUCCCACCACCACUAACUUUCUCUCUCUAACUAUUUCUUUGUUGUUCUUGAUGGUUACAUCCACUUUGUACUCUUAGUUGUUUUUUUUUUUUACUUCAAAAAUAAAAAAAACCCUCAAUUUUGUCUUUUGGUUCUUUGAUUAUUAAUAUUAUUUCUUGGGUUUUUUUUUCUUUUUUUGUUCUAAUCUGGUAACCCUUCUUUUUGUUUAUCUUUAAACAAGCAUAGAAAGAAAGAAAGAAGACAUUUUUGAUUAGUUUUGGGGGAAUCUUGAUUAGAUUCUAGGUAUAAAACAACAAAAAAAGUUUGAUAUAAAAAAGGGGUUUAUACCCAAUUGCAAAAAAUGGGGAAUGUUAAUGGCAGAGAAGAUGGUAAUGGAAGCCCAUCUGGGUCUGGUUUACUUGUUGAAGAAGAAGAAGAUGAAGAUGAGAUUAUUACUGUUGCUGCUUCUUCAUCUUCUGCUUUGAUGGGUCACUCUCCUCCUCAAAGUCCUAGAACUGUUCAAUCUCCCCUCAAAUUUGCUCCUCAGCCCCCUGUGGCUCCGAUUCAAAAACCUGAUGAGCUGCUUAUUGCAAAUCCAUCAUGGUUACAAACGUCGUCGCCUGAAGAAGAGAUGAGCUAUGAGCAAGGAAUUCCAACUAUGAUCAUUUGGAGUUAUGGUGGCAAGGAAGUCGUUGUGGAGGGUUCAUGGGACAAUUGGAAGACAAGAAAAUCUCUACAGCGAUCAGGAAAGGACUUUACUCUCAUGAAGGUUCUGCCAUCAGGAGUUUACCAGUAUAGGUUUGUUGUUGAUGGGGCAUGGAGAUAUGCACCCGAUAUACCGUGGAUCCAGGAUGAGACUGGAAACUAUUUCAAUGUUUUGGAUUUACAGGAUUAUGUCCCAGAAGACACAGAGAGUAUAUCAGGAUUUGAGCCACCACAAUCUCCGGAUGGUAGCUAUAACAACACAGAACUUAACCAAGAAGAUUUUGCCAAGGAACCACCAUUUGUUCCUCCACACCUUAACCUGACCUUGCUUAAUGUGCCUUCUCUGUGCACAGAGGCACCACCACCUUCUCUUUCAAGACCUCAACAUGUGGUUCUUAAUCAUCUUUACAUGCAGAAGGGAAAAAGCGGUCCAUCUGUUGUCGCACUUGGUUCUACACAUAGGUUCAAGUCCAAGUAUGUGACUGUUGUACUCUACAAAUCUCUGUAGGGAUAUGUUUUUGAGAUACUUCAUUAAUUUAUCUAAAUCUAUAGAGGGUUUGGUUUAUAUUGGUAAUAGUGGGCAUAGAUCAGAACAAUGUACUGUAAUGUUGCUGGAUGAAGUAGACUUUUGAAGGCUCUCCAAGUACCAAAUUUAUGUUUGCUUCAAAUUGACCAACUCUGUGUGCUCUUUAAUUUUUACUCGUCAGCUUGCUUCUCU